UUGCGUGGGACUGGGGGACUGAGUGGCACUUCGUUCCCAUCUGCCCAGGCCCUCACCAUGCCCACCAUCUUCCCAGAAUUGGAUCUGGAGAACUUUGAGUACGACGAUUCUGCCGAGGCCUGUGAUGUGGGUGACAUUGUGGCCUUUGGGACUGUCUUCCUGUCCAUUUUCUACUCCCUCGUCUUUGCCUUCGGUCUGGUGGGAAAUCUGUUGGUGGUACUCGCGCUCACCAACAGCCGGAAGCCCAAGAGCAUCACGGACAUCUACCUCCUGAACCUGGCCUUGAGUGACCUGCUCUUUGUGGCCACCUUGCCCUUCUGGACUCACUACCUGGUCAGCGAGGAAGGCUUCCACAACGCCGUGUGCAAGCUCACUACUGCCUUCUUCUUCAUCGGCUUUUUUGGGGGCAUAUUCUUCAUUACCGUCAUCAGCAUCGAUAGGUACCUGGCCAUUGUCCUGGCCGCCAACUCCAUGAACAACCGAACGGUGCAGCACGGUGUCACCAUCAGUCUGGGCGUCUGGGCGGCGGCCAUCUUGGUGGCAGCACCCCAGUUCAUGUUCACAAAGAGAAAGGAAAAUGAGUGUCUGGGCGAUUACCCCCAAGUCCUCCAGGAAAUUUGGCCCGUGCUCCGCAAUUCGGAAGCAAACAUCCUGGGCUUCGUGCUGCCCCUGCUCGUCAUGAGCUUCUGCUACUUCCGAAUCCUCCAGACUCUGUUUUCCUGCAAGAAUCAGAAGAAGGCCAGGGCCAUCCGACUCAUCCUCCUCGUCGUGGUGGUCUUCUUCCUCUUCUGGACACCCUACAACAUCGUGAUCUUCAUGGAGACUCUCAAAUUCUACAACUUCUUCCCUAGUUGUGACAUGAAGAGGGACCUGCGGCUGGCCCUCAGUGUGACGGAGACAGUGGCAUUCAGCCACUGCUGCCUCAACCCCCUCAUCUACGCCUUUGCUGGGGAAAAGUUCAGGAGAUACCUUGGACACCUGUACAGGAAGUGCCUGGCUGUGCUGUGCUGCCGUCCUGUCCACGUCAACUUCACGCCGGAAUCCCAGCGGAGCAGACAGGAGAGCAUCCUGAGCAGCUUCACUCAUUACACAAGCGACGGAGAGGGCUCUCUCCUGCUCUGAAAGCCUGGACCCCCUGCGAACCCAGACUCUCUCCUGCUCUGAAAGGCCUGGACCCCACUGUGAACCCAGACUUCCUGACUCUGACUCCGGGUAGUGAGGACAGACUUUCUCCUGCUGUGUCCUAUGUGCAAGAAACAUGGACUAGAUGCCUACAAAAUACCCCCACAGUAUUUUGAAAAUUUUUUGUUCAAUUCAUGAACGAUACACAUAUUGCUGGCUGUAAAUGCUGAACAUUGGGGCUUAUGCAUGGCAAAGCUUCUAACCCGAUUGGAGAAGUCACAAAGGGGUGGCGAGGGUCAUUCACGUGGUCAUGUGGGGGAGAGGCUGAUUAAAUCCUCAGACUGAGAGGAAACCAAACUUUGAAUCCAGCUAGAAUGUUCCCUCUCUGGCCUUCAGAUUCUGAGUACUGACAGGUCAUCCAGACACACAUUCCAUAGCUUCAGCAUCAGAGAAGGACCUGGUCUCUCUCUGAUUUCAAGGUCAGCAUUCCCAGGGAAGGACUUCCACUGGCCAAACUGUGUCACGUGACCAUCCCUUGAUUCCUCUUGAGGAAGAGACCUGGUCAGUCAUCCUCAUCAACUUAGACCAUGAGAACCUAUAUGGACAAGUUCAACAGAACCGCCAUAUAUGGACUGCCUGUACAUGCUUCAGCGUUGCCAGGGCAUACAUUUCAUUCAUUCAUUCAUUCACUGAAAUAGAACUGAUCUAAGAUAUUAUUGGAACCUGAAGGUUGGAGGUUGAGGAAGAUCUAUUUCUAAGAAAUUGGAGGGUGGGAACUACCCUGAUAAGACAGAACAAGAUCGGCUCCUCUGCCUUACCAUGGGACUGACUGACCCAGGCUCUCCCCUCAGCAACCAGCCUGUGUCUACUGCCAGCUUCUUCAUUAAGCCCGUCUUGAGAAUGUCCACUGCAUCAAAUGUAAACUCAAGGGCCUGGCCUCUGAAACCAGGGACAUAAGAUGCAGUUCUAAAAAUAGACUCUACAUUGCCUCCUCCUCCUUCCCAAAGGACGCCACCCACGCUGCUGCCAGGUCCCUUCCAUUCGUCUUUACCCACAUCCCUCCGCUUCUCUCAACACACCCCACGGGGGGGGUGGGGGGAGGCGGGAGAUAGAAUCUCACCCCAGAGUGAAGGGAUGGAUUUAUAUCCCAGCUCUGUCACUUGUAAUUGGGGAGACCGGAACCAACAGAGCUUCGGCCCCUCACCUAUAAAAAAGGGGCCAGUGGUGGCCUCAUCUAUUCUGGCAUGGCAAAUCUGCAGGAAUUUAGCUUCCCCUGUGUCUGGCACUGUUGAGAUGCCUCUGAGUGACAGCACAGAUGGAGUGGGAGGAGCCUGCAGGAGAUAGCCAGACAAGAGACCCCCAUUCCCACAGUGAUGCUCAGCAGCACCUAGAUCUACAGGCCCCUAACCAUCUCCCUGCUGCCAAUAAAGAGCCAGGCUGUGAGAGCAGCUUGCUUUCUGCCCUCAACCCGAAAGCAUCGUGUGGUCUAACCACAGGAGACCCUCACAGUUGCACUCACUGACUGGGGCCUCCUCUAUAGUCCCACACUGAGAACUCCGGGGCAGCGCAGUUCUGUAACUUGCUUCCAGUUGCUCUCUGCCCCUGUGUAGCACUGUAACAACCGUUUGAGAAGUCUCCCCCGAUGGUGGCACUGAGGAAGUAGUGGCACGUGGCUCACUGUGGCGUGUCUGAUAUCUCCUUGGCAGUCUGCGUGUUUGUUUCAAGGGUGGCAGACGGAGUCACAGCCCUCACAGGCACAUCCAGCAUUUUGGCAUUGCAACACAAUGCUGUCUUCUACAGCGGUCACAACUGAGAACCUCAAAAUUUAGUUACCAAAGUGGGGAGACAGGAAAGAUGGCUCAGUGGUUAAGAGCACUGGCUGCUACUCCAGAGGACUGGGGUUCAAUUUCCAGAACCCACUUACUGUCUAACAAUGGUCUUUAACUCCAGUUCCAGGUGAUCCAACAGCCUCUUCUGGUUUCUGAGAGCACCAGGCAAACACGUGGUGAACACACAUGCAUGCACAAAAAAUAAGUAAAAACAAAAACAAAACCAGAAAAACUUGUUUGGUUUUUCAAGACAGGUUUUCUCUAUGUAACCCUGGCUGUCCUGAAAUUCUUUGUAGACCAGGCUGGCCUAGAACUCAUAGAGAUCACCUGCCUCUACCUCCCAAGUGCUGGGAUUAAAGGUGUGUGCCACCAUGCCGGGCUUAGUAAAUAAAUUUUUUUAUUUCAAAAAUCUUAUAGGUUUCAAGUAAGUUUAUGUUGGUGUUGCUCCGUGGUCACCGCUGUCUGGGGCUGCAUGGCUAGACACACCUACACUACAUCUAUUGUACUUAUAAUUCUGUUGAUACACAUUUGGUUUCCUUCCUAUUUUUAGCAAAUACAAAUCUCACAGCACUUUAAUCUGUGGAAUUUUCUUUUUCCUUUUCAGUUAUUUCUACCAGAUAAGUUCUUUGUCAUGGGGAUAACUGCACCAA